UCAUGGCUAAUUAACAGCGACAGGUCUCCGAGGAUGGAGCGACAGAGCAGCGCGAAGAGUAGAAAGACCAAGACGUUGCGCUCCAUUUCGCGGUCCCUUAUCCUUUGCAAUGGGAAGAACAGCGACGACGGAUCGAGCCCCGACGAGAAGUACCCCAACGCUUUCGAGACGCAGGCCAGCUGGGGCCAAGAGGAAUCCGGUCCCUGUGCCCGGCUACAAUUAGCAUGUGCAUCGACAACCACUGACGGCCCACCUGAUCCUCUUACGAUCGCCAGCAUGAUGCAGCUGAGGGCUGCGGCCAGCGAAAACUGCAAGAAUAUGAGAAGGAAGUUCUUCAUCAAGGACAGCUGCAUCUGGAAGCUCUGCAUCGCCACAGGGAACGACAGCUUGGGAAUCCAAGUCUCCAGGACUCCCAAUUGCUCCGUCUUUGGGAAAGAAUUCACAGUUAGCCAGGUGAUUGACGGAGGAGCCGCUCAGAGGGAUGGUCGACUAAGUCCUGGUGAUGAACUUUUAACUGUCAAUGGACAACCUCUGAAAGAGCUCUCCAGCAAAGAGGCGGAAUCGCUCAUUCAAUCAGCAAAAGGCUUGGUGAAUUUAGUAAUUGCCAACAAGGAACCCUCCAUUGGUCCUCGCAAAGAACAGCCUCCCAGCCGGGAUGUGCAAAAUGGCUCCAUUCUACUGACAAAAGCCAAAUGUCAGAGGACUCGCAGCAAUUCUGCCAGUGUGAGUCCCUACUGGAUAGGGGAAAUUGACAGCCCCCUGGCAAAGAAGUCAGCCUCCCGAUACAGACAGUCUCAUUCUCUUUUCAGCAACAGGAAGUCGCUCUGUCAGCAGCUGGACAAUUCGGCAGGAAGAGUCCCCCCCCUUUCCAGGUCUUCCCGAUCACUCAGUACCGCACAUCUGAUUCACGCGUCCUGUGGCUUGCAGGCCUCUGUAAUCUCCAAUAUCGUUUUAAUGAAAGGUCAAGGGAAGGGGCUAGGUUUCAGCAUUGUGGGAGGCAAAGACAGCAUUUACGGUCCCAUAGGCAUCUAUGUUAAGACAAUCUUUCCCGGAGGAGCUGCAGCCGCGGACGGAAGGCUGCAAGAAGGGGAUGAAAUCCUAGAACUGAACGGAGAAUCAAUGCACGGACUGACGCAUUAUGAAGCUUUGCAGAAAUUCAAGGCCAAGAAGGGUCUUCUCACGCUCACGGUCCGAACAAGCCUGAGCACCCCACACUCUGCCACUAGCUAUUUAUCGUCCCAUCUGUGCCGUUCUCUGAGCACCAGUAUGUGCAUCACCAAGGAAAACAGCUCUUUCAGCUCAGAAAUGGCAACUCUUCCAUUAAGUGCCCACAACCCCAACGACCGGAUCAUUAUGGAAGUUUCCUUAAACAAAGAGGCUGGUGUCGGCUUGGGCAUUGGAUUGUGCAGCAUCCCUCAUUUCCAAUGUAUCUCGGGAAUAUUCAUCCACGCCCUCUCUCCGGGCUCAGUGGCUCACAUGGAUGGCAGGCUCAGGUGCGGAGAUGAAAUCGUAGAAAUCAACGAGGUGUCGGUUCAGAAUAUGAGUCUCAAUGAAGUUCAUGCGGUUCUGAGCCACUGCAAUCCUGGUGCUGUGCCGAUUAUAAUAAGCAGACACCCUGAUUCGCAGGUCUCGGAGCAGCAGCUCAAAGAAGCCAUAUCGCAAGCUGUGGAAAGCAGCAGAUUUGAAAGAGAGAGGCACCAGUGGAGUACAGAAGGCAUUAAAAGUCUGGAAACUAGUUGGCAUAAGAAAUCUCCGUGCGAAAAAUACACAGAGAAGAGCACCGCUUAUUUCAACCACCGUCCUCAAAAGCUAAUGAUCCGCUCCAGCAGCGACGGCAACUACAAUGCCAGGUCAUCCUGCGGAAAUGGCCUUGCGUACCAGCUGGCUGAUCUGAAAGCAAAAGGCCAUAGCCUGGAUGUACCUCUUACCAGACAACCUGGGUCCUCCUUCUAUUCCUCCUCCAGGACUAGUCUGGAGAAGGACUCUCCCCCUGCUCUUAAAGAAGCAGGUCACCUUUCUCAACGUACGAGAAGGUCCACAGAGAUCCUGGUCAGGAAACCUAGGUCGUCCAAACCCAAGCCUCCGCCAAGGAAGUAUUUCAAGCAAGACUGCACCAGUGGCAAGCAGAUCAACCGCGAAGUGAAAGUAGAGAGGCCCAGCUGGCCAGGUGAUGGGAGUCCACCUUCUCCAAAUGCUCCAGAAGUAGCCGACCUGCAGCGGCAAAGAAGUAAAACGGUUAUAACCCACGGUGUCUUUGCAAGUUCUUUAGUACCGGGAGCCACGGAGCAAUCCAAUGUGUAUUUACCAGCUACAGAGCAAGAAAGAAAAAACAACAAAGGGAAGGCGCUCUUAUCCGCUCACAGGCCUGCACUCAGAAGACAAGCAAGGAUAGAUUAUAGUCUGGAGGCUACAACUGAAGACCCCUGGGUUAGGAUUUCGGAUUGCAUCAAAAGCUUAUUUAACCCCAGCAUGUUGGAAGACAGCUGUUCCUUAAACUUGCAUCCCAACCUCAACACAAAUGGAGACGCUCAAACUCCUGGCUGCUCAGAAGUGGCCUUGCAGAGAUCAGACACAGAAGAGGCCGAUUCGAAAGCACCCAGAUCAUCUGAUGAAGGUGACUUUGUGAAGAAAGGUCCUCCGGUAGCUCCGAAACCGGCCUGGUUUCGUCAAAGCCUAAAAGGCUUGAAGAAAGGAAAUCCAGAUGCAACAGCCCUGCCAAGGAAAACCUCCAGUGACCACCAGAGCAUUUCUGACAAUGAACUGGGUUCCAAGAUAAUCCGUGCCUCACCUAGAGGAUCGUCAAUAAAGCAACGGAUAAGCUCAUUUGAAAACUUGGGGAGUCCUCAAUCGCCCGAAAGAGGAAACAGAAAACUUAGCCCAAAACUGUCUGUCCAGAAAGAAAAAUUGCCAAAAAGAAAGGAGCUAGAAUCCACCGGGGCUGAUCUUAACCAAGUUCCUGCUGGUAACAAGGACCAAGGUUCUGAAAGCACACACCUUCCACCCAGUCUGGAUACAAGUAUCCUAGAUUCACCCUGUUUUUCGAGAGAGGAGCCUACCCCUAGUCCAAAGACAAGCACCCUGUCCCUCACUGAAUCCUCCUUGAAUCUGCUGCAUUUACAAGACGCUGAUCCCAACCCGCCCGCCCAAAAAGCGCCAAGCCACAGAGCACGGAGCUUCCCGCUCACUUCUGCUCAGUCUUGCGAAAUGGCGAAGGCGGACAAUGAAAAGCACAGCAAAAUCUAUUCCAUCAGCAGCCACUUCUCGUCGGCUUUGAUGAAAUCAUUGCAUGCUCAGUCUCCGCUGCGUUCUGGGGGAAAUCCAGGGAGGUCUCGGGACACGUCGCCAAAGUCCGAUGCGGAAGAAAACGAGACCAGUCUUGGGCACGCAAGUGGAACACAUUCUGCAGACACCAGCUUUUCUCUCAACCUGUCAGAGCUGAGGGACUAUGGUGCAAGUCGGUCAGACAAUGAAAAAGACAAAGACAAGCAGGAACACGGUUCACCUCAAGCCUUGGGUGCCUCCUCGGGCCAGGCAGUCAUCUCUCUGCUCACCCCUGAAGAACUGGAGAAACUGAUGGAAGAGGUCAAGUCGUUGGAUGAAGCAACAUUAAAGCAACUUAGUGACAUUCAAGUCACAAUUCUGCACAAAGAGGAAGGUGCUGGCCUCGGGUUCAGCCUAGCUGGGGGAGUUGACCUAGAAAACAAAGCAGUUACCGUUCACAAAGUGUUUCCCAGCGGCCUAGCCUCCCAGGAAGGAACCAUUCAGAAAGGAGACGAAGUUUUGUCAAUCAACGGAAAGUCCCUGAAAGGCACCACUCACAGCGAUGCGCUGGAGAUCUUGCGGAAGGCUCGCCACCCGAAGCAAGCAGUUAUUGUCACGAGAAAACCCCAAGAGGGAGAAAGAAGCCCCAGUCGAUCCAUUGAGUCUUCGGUGUCUCUGCAAAGUGAAUGUUCAACAGACUCCACAUCUGAAGACCUGAUCUUCACAGUUACUUUGGAGAAGACGUCAGCCGGCUUAGGAUUCAGUUUAGAAGGUGGCAAAGGCUCCAUCCAUGGAGAUAAGCCCAUUGUCAUUAACAGACUUUUUAAAGGAGUGGCGUCGGAGCCCAACGCCAACAUUCAGCCUGGAGACGAGCUUUUGCAGGUACACACAAAUCUGAUGCAAGGACUCUCACGCUUCGAGGCUUGGAAUAUCAUCAAGACAUUACCAGAUGGGCCCAUUACUGCUGUCAUCAAGAGAAAAAAUUCCAUCAGCAGAACAGCCGAAUCUCUCCAUGGAGAGGCAUAAAAAAACAAAACCCAGACAGACUCAAAACUGCUGCCCACUCUAAACCCGGACCAAAUAGCUUCCAUUUAUCACCAUAGCUACAGUAAAUCCAGCUGCCCACGACAGAUGUUCUCACAAGCGAAGAGCAAGCGGACCACAAUCGAGAAGAGAAGGCGUGUGAGAAAGGCGCAUCCGUUCUGUGCCCUCAGUAUUAAUAAAGCAGCUGCUGCCAGCUGUAUGCUAAUUAAAAAACUCUAUUUAACAAGUUAA